UGUAGUUUAACAAUGGUUGAAGGAAAGCAAGCUGCACAUUCUGAUAACAGUGCCAUGUGUGUCUCUUGCAUAGUUGUUGGAAAAGAACAGUGAAACAGUUAAUAGCAGCAUGCAAACCAAUCUCAUCCGCCGCCCCUUUAUGUCCCUAAACCUGUUAGACCAGUUCCUUUCCACUUCCCCACAAUCCAUUUGAAUUGCACGCUUGUAGGCACAUGCAAACAGCCCACACGGAUAAACUAUUAUUACCUGCCUAUGUCACAGCAAUGGCUCCAAACUCCUUAGAUCGCUGUCGGCUGGCCCUACUCUUUGCGAUUUUAAUGGACUUGGCUGGUGUGGUGUCCCUCCUGGUUGGCAUCUUUGCAGAUCUUCAACUGAAUGGUCAAGAUUUUGGUGACCUGUUGAUAUACACCGGAGCAAUACUCGUCUUUUUGAGUUUAAUUGGCUGGAUAUUUUGGUACACUGGGAACAUUGAAAUAUCUCUGGAAGAACUGCAACAGGACUAUGUCAUUAAGGAUGGUACCCUUGCCCGCCUAGCACGUAAGAUCUCACGCCACAUUUCUAGCCGGGGUACAAAUCGCGGAACCAGGAGAUGGAAAAUUGAGGCACAAGGAGGAUCUAGAAAGCCAGACACUCUACAGCUAUCUAGAGCCAAGGCCCCCAAGCCAGAACUGCUCUCAGGUGUUUCUGAAUCUUAACAGGGUUGUGUUUCCUUUCACAUGGUUGCAGGGUGACAAACAGUUAGGUUUUGUAGCAAAGAAUUGGAACCACCCAGGAUCCAGCUGCCACUGAUGCUCUUGGCUACCAAUAUGCUCUGAAUGACUUCUUGAUGUAUCCCCUUUAAGGCUGUUGAAACAUUUCAAUCUAUGGACCAUGUGUUGGUUUCACAGAUACGGAACAGAUUUAACAACAAUAUUGUGCCUUUAUGUAUAUUUAAAAAACAUUUGUUGUUGCUGUUGCAGAACUUGAAUUACUCCUAGCAACCAAAUAGAAAUUAGAUUUGAUUGGUCUAUUGCUGGACUGUCAGCAGAUGUACCACAUUUACCCUGCUGCUCUGCUGUCAAACAAUAGAAAGGUGGCCAUACUGUGUAUGGAACCAUGAUUGGCCAAACAAAAUAACCAAAACAUCUUCUGGAUCAGAAAAUGCUAAUGCAGCUUCCCACCAACACAAGAAAACAGUUUUCAAAAAUGUUAAUUUCUGUAAAUUACUUACAUAAAUGCGUAUGACCUUAAAGGAAAAGUAUACCCCCAAACUAUGUAGGUCUCUAUAAAAAAAUAUUGCAUAAAACAGCUCAUGUGUAAAACCCUGCUUCAUGUAAAUAAACCAU